GCUGCCUGCCACUCGAGUCGCCUUGUCUGCUGCGUGACGUGGCACACCCAGAUCCUUAAAGUCGGAGCCGGGUGCUGCCGCGCCAGGCGCCCGCUCCCAAAUAGUUCUUCGCCCGGCUGCUGCCAGCCUGCGCUUCUCCGGACGCCGUCGGCCUGCCGUCGCCCCGACCGCCCUCCCUCCCCGGCGGUUCUCUUCUCCUCUUUAUCCGGAGCGUAGAAGGCGAAAGGCCCGGCUCGGCACGGAGCCCUUUCCGUGCCCAUCGCAAGUGCCACCGCCGCCAUGGGCCUCACCAUCUCCUCGCUCUUCUCCCGCCUGUUCGGCAAGAAGCAGAUGCGUAUCCUGAUGGUUGGAUUGGAUGCUGCUGGCAAGACGACCAUUCUGUAUAAACUCAAGUUAGGGGAGAUAGUCACCACCAUUCCUACCAUUGGUUUUAAUGUGGAAACAGUAGAAUAUAAGAACAUUUGUUUCACAGUGUGGGAUGUUGGUGGUCAAGAUAAAAUUCGGCCUCUGUGGAGGCAUUACUUCCAGAAUACCCAGGGCCUUAUUUUUGUGGUAGAUAGCAAUGAUCGUGAAAGAAUUCAGGAAGGAGCAACUGUGCUGCAGAAUAUGGUAAGCGUGUGCUUGAAAUCUGUCAUUUUUCUAUGUGAGUGUUAACGGGGUGGUGGUGUUAGUUGUUUUUAUACUUUUUUUAGAGAUAGACAGAAGAUGGUAGGACAUUCCUCAGUUCUUUAAGAAUGCGUAUAAAAUCUGCCAUGGAGUUAUUAUUUAUUUAUUAAUCUUGGGCUAAAGCUUGCACCCGGGGUCUGAGUUCACGAAGCAUGCAGUCUGCCACGGAGCUACACCCCCAGCCUCUUUAGAGACAGCUCUGAAAAACAGAAGAGGAGCAAGUUGAGUGAGUUGAGGAGGUGCAGCUUGCUCUAGAGGGUCCACGACUGGUGGUGAUGCAUGUGUCUGGUUCAGGCUGUCUGGGUCAGUCCUGUGUCAUAUGUCACAGAGCUCAAGUUCCCUGUACUUACUCAGUUUUGACUUAGAGAUUCUGGUUGAAAACCCUCCUUCCUGAGGUUACUGGGUUCACUUUGCUCUGUGCUUUGCCGGUACUUCCUUGAGAAAUAUUUUGUGGUAACAACCGUGGUAAAGAAGUAGAGAUGAUUUAUUUGGCUAGCAGUGCCACUUAAGCCAUGCCGUUUAAAAUCACAUUAAUGUUUUUAUAUGUUCAUAGUGUUCAGAAUCCUAGA